AUUCGAAUGUCGCAAAACUCAAAAGAUCUCGUUUCUGCGUCUUGUCCUUUUUGAUUUUUUCCCUCCCAAAGUCAAACGCCAUGGUUUCUCUCGAUUCACCAUUGAAGGUUCUCAAUUAGGGUUAGGGUUUUUCAAUUUCCUUUCCCCCCUCUUUUCUGAGUUUUGUUUUUGUUUUUGUUGGGAGUUCCUUGUCGUCAAUUGGGAAGAAAAAAGCAGAAAGAGACUCUUCAGAUCUCAGAUUUGGGAUCAUUCAUGGAUCCUGCUCCUCAGAAGGAUCAAGAUCGGGUCAUCCCUACUGUGCUGGAUGCAGGAGAGACACCAGAGGGGGAUAGCUUGGGUGGUCAGCCACUAUCUCCCAAGGAUGAUAGGAUUGUUGCUGGGAAUCCCCCCUCCGAUGUAUCAGUCAUAGGGCCUGCAAGGUCUGCCAUUGAGCGACCACAUACUACAGAUGCAAGUGAAGGUCUUCGCAUUAUACCUCCAAAUGAUGUUUAUACUCAUCAUGAGCAGAACUUCUCUUAUGGAAGUUAUGGCAAUGGCACCGGUACGUGGGAUGGAUACGCUCAAUAUCCUAGCUCUGCUGAGGGUUUGCAUAUGUCUCCUGUGAUAUAUAAUGAUAACUCGUCUCUUGUUUAUCCUUCUGGGUAUGGCUUCAAUCCUGAUAUGACAUAUGGGCAGUACUCUCCUGUUGCCACACCUGUGCCUUCCAUAAUGCUUGAUGGUCAACUAUACUCUCCUCAGCAGAUCCCAUUCUCACCAUCUUUCUAUCCCCAACAUAACCCUAAUUUCCCUUCCUCUUUCCCUGUCUCGCCAUCGGAGUUUAUGGCAUCGGAAAGUAAUAAUGAAAGCUUGCUGUUUGGGCCUGGCUCCGGUUACUUUGUGCAUUAUGGGUCUUUCGGUGGGGGGAGCAUGUCUGGUGCACCUGGUACCAGUCCAUUAGCAUCUCCAGCUGCUUAUCAUCAACCUAUGGGUAUAUUGGGUCCAUACGAGCACCAUGUUGGACAGAUUUCUCAACAAAGACCAGUGCAUGGAUAUGGAUCAACUUCAACUUCCUCUAUGGGAAGAUAUCAGCGUGGGGGAUCAUAUCAGGCCUCUAACUUUGGUGGCAGUUCUGUUUCUUAUGCUGGAGAUAGGACACGGUUCGGUCUUGAUAAGGGUAGAAGAAGAGAAAGAGAGCAAGAAUCACUUUAUUUUGCGAGCGAGUCUUUUGGGUUUGAUCGUAAUCGAGGACCUCGGGCUUCAAAAGUUAGAAGUAAGACUGCCACUGAGCAAGCUUAUUCUGGUAAUGGGAUUGAUGAAUCAUCACGGUCCGAUGCUACGUCAAGUUUAUACAACCGUCCAGAUUUCGCGACUGAUUAUGAUAAUGCAAAGUUUUUCAUAAUAAAGUCGUUCAGUGAAGAUAAUGUGCAUAAAAGUAUUAAAUAUGGGGUAUGGGCUAGCACACCUCACGGGAACAAAAAGUUGGAUGCUGCUUAUAGCCAGGCGAAGGAGAUAGAUGCUAAAUGUCCAGUAUUUCUCUUGUUUUCGGUCAAUGCUAGCGGACAGUUCUGUGGGGUAGCUGAAAUGCUUGGCCCUGUGGAUUUUGGCAACGAUGCUGAUUACUGGCAGCAAGAUAGGUGGAGUGGCCAGUUUCCAGUUCGCUGGCAUAUUGUUAAAGAUGUUCCGAACAGUCGAUUUCGUCAUAUAAUCCUUGAAAAUAAUGACAACAAACCUGUUACUCAUAGUCGAGACUGUCAAGAGGUGAAACUAGAACAUGGGAUUGAGAUGUUGAAUAUAUUCAAGGGUCAUGACUCACAUACAUGCAUCCUAGAUGAUUUUGAAUUUUAUGAUCAGCGGGAGAGAACUUUGAAGGAAAGGAGGAGCAAGCAGGAAACGAUUCCCGCUAUGGAUUCUUCAGCUUUACUUGGUUACGAGACCCUAAGUAAGGUCUCUGACACUUUUGCAGAAGGACUUAAGUUGGAUGAUGGUGCUAAAGAAAAGGCAGCAGGUGAAGCUACUACUGGCUUAAUCACUGAUGUUGUACAAUACCCUGCUGCAAAUGAUUCCGGUUCUGCUGUGGUGGCUGUCAGCAAUGCAUCCAACCCUAUAGUAUCAUGUGACAAGGAUUUUGUCAUAACUAAAUCAUCUGAUGGAUUGAAUUUGGACGAUGAUGGCAAGAUAGUGCAGAAAGAUGAAUUGGGUGUUGAUAACCAAGAUUCAGCUCAUUGGUAAAAUGGUUGCUCAGUAGAGGAGUUUUUCAGUCAACUUGUAACAGCUUUUGGAGACCAGUAAAACUGGAUCCUUGUCCAUGAUUUUAUAUUACAGAAUUCUUUGGUUACUGACACCAGUGGAAGGGGUAAGUCCGGCAUCUUUGAGUUGCUGGACUGCAACAUAACGACCAUUCUGUUUUUGUCUAUGUUUCGCUUUUGUUGUCAACUGCUCCUCAAAAAGCUAGAAGAGGCUCUUCAGGCAAAGCUUUCUGGCUGGUUGUUCCUCAUUCCAACAAACUGAAGGAUGUAUGUGGCAUUUGGAGAUUUGAGGUAGCUGGGAAUGGCCUGCACUGUUGGGAUACUGGUCUUUUUUAGUUCUGUAUACUACCCUGUCAGGUGCCCUUUUAGGUUACUGUAAUCCUAGGGAUUGGACUGUAAGGGGUGAGGGGGCAGGCAUUUGGUUGAUGGGAAAAUGAUUGUAAAGUACCCUCCUGCUUUGGGGGUGGCAAAAUAAUUACAAGAAAGGAAGAGGUGGGGAGAAAAUGAAAAUUUACAUUAGCAUCAAUUGUCUAUACUCACAGGAAACGUUUUGUUUCCAAGGGGUGAUUGAGUCAAAGGAACAGAGCUGGGAUUGGUAUUAAUAGUCAGUAACAUUGGCAUGAAUGUUUUCCUUUUGAAGACGCAGGGAUCUGUUGAACUUCCCAUUUAGUUAUAUGUACUGUUCUUCAUCUUAAACGAUAGUGCAGGUACGAUUAAAGAUG